CUUUUGUUUCAAAAGUUUCGCCAUAACAGACUUCCGCGCAAACAUAUGUCAAACGUCAACUGUGCAUUUGCUUCCAAAACCGCUGCAAACUUCGUACCGCUGACCUUCACCGUUGAAAAUCGACAAAAACAGAGGUGCAAAGCAGUUAAAGUUUUAACGCGUGAUGAUGGCUGCAACCAAGCGCGCUCUUGCCCUGAUUGCACGCGGCUCCGAGGAAAUGGAGCUGGUGAUCACUGUUGAUGUGUUGCGCCGCUGCAAUGUCGAUGUAACGGUGGCGUUGGUGCCGGGCACUGAAACCGGCAAGGAUGAGCUGGUUGCGUGCUGUUCCCGGGGCGUUAACGUUAAAGCCGACACAACGCUGCAAGCGUACGUGGAGCAACAUGCCGCUACGGACGAUGCACUGCCGGAUGCGAUCAUUCUGCCCGGUGGGCUUGAUGGGGCCAAAGCGAUGGCGCAAGCCGCGGCCGUUGGUACGCUGCUGCAGCGACAACAGCAAGCCGGCAAACUGGUGGCUGCCAUCUGUGCCGCACCGACGGUUCUGGUUGCCCACGGUAAGCUGUUUGCCGGACGGCGCGUCACAUCCUAUCCCUCGUUCCGGGAGAAAAUGACCGAGGCUGGGUAUGUGUGGGAAGAACCGGCGGCUGGUUCACCGCUGGGGCGUGUCGUGCGGGACGAUAAUCUCAUCACCAGCCUCGGACCGGCAACGACGUUCGAUUUUGGGCUGGCAAUCGGUGCGGCACUCGCCGGACAGGAGGUCGCCGAUAAGGUGGCGGCCGGUUUGCUCUACAAGUGAUGGGCCUUAUUCUCUCUCAUUUUUUUUUUGAGCUACAAUGCUAUACGAGACCAAAAUUCGCAAGUGAUGUGUAAGAAAAAGGGCCAUUUAAAUGUUCCUUGCAUGCGUUUGUUUUUUUAAGCAGACAAAAUAUUAUAAUUUAAAAAAAACGAAACAAAUAAAUCGGUUGCUACAUCGGCACAACAGCA